GGUGGCGGCGGGGUACACAUGGACUUUGACGAGCCACCCUCCGCUUCUGGCGACGUGGCUCCUGAGUUGUUCCUAGAGGGUCCGUCUAGUGGGGAGGUGGAGAUGGAGACAGAGUCUACACACGAGUCGGACUCUAGGGCUGAGUUGGAGGUGAUGGAGGAUGGGGGUGCGCCGAAGCCCUUGAAGCUUCGUGGAGAAGCUAGAGUCCCCGAUGCGAGGAAGGAGCCGAAGACCCAUGAUGACAAGGCCCUUAUCAUUCCUUCGAGCGAUGACAACUGGACAUGGGAUGCCAAGCCCCCCCGCAUGCCUAACAGCUUGCUUGGGGCUCUGAUUAAGAAGUUCUGGCCCGGCAGAUACACUCCCCUUAGCACGGUCCUCGGUGGCGCGACGAAGCUAGCCACUACUUGGGCGGACUAUGAGGAUGCCCCUGCCGUAGGCUUCGCGACAGCUGCUGAGGCUGUGACCACCAAGUUCUGGUGCUUCUAUCGUGUGGACCCGGAGCAUGACACGCAGGCGCGUCUCACUUUGCGUGGCGCUUGCGAGAGGUUGACACCGCAGCAGUGGUACAACCAAAAGUUCACCAGCGCUAGUGCCUUCUGGGCUAACAAGGGUAAGAGGGUCAAGAAGGAGUACUAUGUUGGUAACCAGCCUACGGAUGAAUGGGCAAUGACCAUUGAGGAGUACAUGUCGGUUUGUCCCGAGUGGGCCGAGCAGCAUAGGGAGGCAUGGGAGGAGCUGAUUAGGGCGAGGUGGCUCAGGGAGGACGAGGAGUUUGCAGCCGUGUCGAGGCGGAACAUGGAGAACCGAGGCACCGGUGGCACACACUGCGCGGGAAACCGCGACUACACCCGCUACAAGGGGAAAAUGGUGGCCGAGGCAGCACCUGGGGUGGUGCUUCAUGAUGCCCAGAUAUAUGACAUGAUGCGGACGAAGAAGAAGCCCAAUCCCGCAUUGCCUCAGCCACAGUACUACGGCAAUGCCAAGGCCGCCAAGGAGGACUACUGCGACAUGGUUCAGUCUCGUCAACCCCGAGGUGGAUGA